AUGGAGGAAGUUGGAGAGGUCUCAGUCCUAGUUAAUAAUGCUGGUGUGGUCUCUGGGCAUCAUCCCUUGGAAUGGCCUAAUAAGCUUAUUGAGAGAACCAUGAUGGUCAAUUGCAAUGUACAUUUCUGGACCACUAUAGCUUUUCUUCCUACAAUACUGGAGAUUAAUCAUGGUCACAUUGUGACAGUUGCAAGUUCCCUAGGAUUGUUCAUUACUGCUGGAGUUGAGGAUCAUUGUGCCACCAAAUUUGGAGAUGUGGGUUUUCAUAAAUCCCUGAGCCAUGAGUUAAAGCCUGCUGAAAAGGAUGGAAUUAAAACAACAUUAGUGUGUCCUUACCUUGUAGAUACUGACAUGUUCAGAGGCUGCAGAAUCAGGAAAGAAAUUGAGCCUUGUCUACCACCUUUAAAGCCAGAUUAUUGUGUGAAACAGGCCAUGAAUGCCAUCCUCACAGAGCAGCCCAUGAUCUGCACCCCUCACCUCGUGUACAUUGUAACUUUCAUGAAGAACAUCCUGUCUUUUGAAGCAGUUGUCUGCAUGUAUUGGUUCCUAGGAGCACACAAGUGUAUGUACCACUUCAUUGCACGAAGAAAACAAGCUACAAACAAUAAUGAAGCUAAAAAUGGAAUUUAA